AUGGAGAACCACCCGGCGGUACAUGAUCCGCCGGCCUCCGCGACCGACGACCAAGAUAUCCUUGACAACAUCGAUGGCCGUAUGCACGGCCCCAUGAGCGGAUUUAUCAAAAAACACUUCGGCAGCUUACAAUAUGCCCACGAAGAUGCUUUUUUGGAAAUUCAGGUAGCUGGAAGAGUUGGUGGCCGCUAUGCUGUUCCAUCAACUGCCCCAUCUCCCGACGAUUUCCUACAAUGGUUUUCCAACUAUGUAUCGCGGGAGCUUGAUGGCGCUCGAGGCUCGUGGCAUAUAUCUGGCGACAAUGUAGCACCUGAGUACGAGAGUGAUGACGAUGGUGCACGCCUCCUCUUGACUAUGCCCACUUUGCCGGCCUCUGGCGUACAGACGGGAUGGGACCAUGUUCAGGUCAUUGGCCAGUUUUACCGCCGUGGUGGCGUUAGUUAUCAGGAUGGACUAUUGCGUCUCUGUCGGUCCGCACACCAGGUCUUCGCCAGUCAGCCUACGCGGCUCUUCUUACAUGGCUUCUACAUACGCGGUUCACUGAUUGAACUUUGGGUCUUCGAUCGAUCUGGCUUGUAUUGUAGCGACCUAUUCGAUAUGCAGAAAGAUUUCAUACAAUUUCUCUCUAUUAUUCUCAGCUACCAGCGGAUGACGGACCAGGAGUUGGGGAAAAUCAAUAUCAUUGAGACGGAUGAGGGUAGCAGCUACGUUGUCCUUAAUAAUAAGGUGAUGCCCUCUCUGGGAAAGCUUUAUCUUGAAAAUCGGCCAAUUGCGUCUCGCGAAGGCCUCGUUGGCACCGGGACAACUUGCUACCGGGCUAGAGUGCUUAAUUCAGAUCGAUGGAAUUACGUCUUGAAGUUCAAAUGGCGUUGGGCCAGGGACCGCCCGGAGGACGAGCUUCUAAAGCUAGCCAGAAAGAAAUGCGUUUGGGGUGCCGUCUCCCUUGAUUAUUACGAGGAAGUUGAAAGUACAGCAAAUUUGCGUCGAGGUCUCCGGUGGGGGACACAUAGAAAAUUCGCCAGGGUGCAGUCUCGCGAGCGAAAUAGAAGUAUCGAAGAACAACGACAGGAAGGUACUUGCAAUACUGACGGACUUGUCGCAUAUACGGAAGAGACCGACAAUUUCUUUCAAAAUCGCAUCCUUGCCUGCAUCGUUACUUCUCCGGUCGGCAGACCUCUUCAUACUUUUCAGUCUCUCUUGGAGUUGUUACAGGUGUUUCGUGAUGCUAUCAAGUGUCACCGAUCACUUUAUUAUGACGGCAAGAUUCUUCACCAAGAUGUAUCUCCAGGGAACAUGAUCAUUCUGGAUGACCAAGAUGAAGGAAAGCCCCAAGGGAUCCUGAUAGACCUCGACUCCGCAAUAGAGCUCGCCGAAGGAUUAGAAACAGACCUUGGCGUCACCGGUACUAGACCAUUCAUGGCUAUUGGCGUUCUGAAGAGUGAAUGCCAUACUUAUCGUCACGACCUAGAGUCCUUCCUUUACGUUUUUCUCUGGAUAAUCAUAACGAACCGCACGGAGAGUCCCCCAGAGACAAGCAAGCUUCGGCAAUGGAGUAAUGGCGACUGGGACGAAAUAGCAGUACGCAAGUCCCAUGACAUGGAUCAGAAUGGAUUUCAGGCCAUUUUGGGGGAAUUUACUCCAGAAUUCCACUCCCUUAAGCCACUCGCCGAAUGUCUACGUCAAAUUCUAUUUCCCCUGCGGGCUGGGGUAAUUUGGACAGGGACCGACAGUUCGCCCGAAGCUACAGAUAAGCUCUAUGAUGAAAUGAUCCGUGUGUUCGAAGAAGGCAUUGCCUUCGAGGGUAGAAGACAGACGUAACUUUUUCUAGCAUCUCAUGAACUCUUUCCUCCUUUUCCCUAGCUGUUGAGAAACAUCUUGCCAUCAAACGUGUUCGGAACCUGGUCGAGAGCUCCAAUUUUUUUUUCACGCCGUCGGGGA